UAUCCAGUAAAGUGAAAAUGAAAAUCAGAAAUGAUAACAUAAAGAAAUGUCAAAUGAAACAAUUUAUAAUGAAAAUAUUUUUCAUUUCAAAUUUUCCUGCAGUGCCAAAUGAGGCACACAUCAUCGUUCACACACGUACACACAUUCAUUAUGUGUUAUUGUUUUUAUGUGGAUUUGGCGUAUUUAGAAGAUUUCCCGCAAAAUUUAGAUGCAAUGACAAACGGAAGACCAGACCAGAAACCGAAUAACAGCACACAUCCUCUCAAAGGGGUGUUGAGAGUAGCAGUGGCAUGUCCGCCCGCCAGCCAGGCCGCUGGAAUAAAAAACAUUUAUCGAAAUGCCAGCACUCUGUAGCCAUGGCAUGUUGUUGUACUAUGGCAAUGUGUGGAGGCAACAACAAGAUGACGGUGAGCAUUUAAAAAUAUCCAGAAACAGAUAUUUGCAAAAAUUGCGCAAGUGCAUUACACGGGGAGAAGGAAACGAGACAAAAACAAAACAAAGAGUCGAUGAAUUUCAAUGGAGUAUUUCAAGCAAAUCCGAACAAUGCUCGAGUGUGGUUGUUUGUGUGUGUGUGUGUGGUGUGAGCGUGUGAUGAUGAUUUUGCUCCAGGGAGGACAAUUUAUCUGGAAUACAAUUCACACAGAAUUCAGUUGCUCACGGUAUGCGUUUUGAAUAAGAUUAACAUAACGGUAAAAAUAUUGUUCGAGAAAGGUUACUUUUUUGGGAAAGAAAGAAAAAAAAAAAAAGAAACAACAUAGCAGACAUACCUAUAACUUGAAAUACCAACACCUAGUGUAUUGAUUGAGUCUGUGGCGAAGUUGGAGUAAAUUGGAAAAUUAAGAAAGAAAGAUUUACUUAAAAAUGAAUUUUAUGCAAGUGAUUUAAAGAAACAAAAGAAAAAUACAAUAACACCAAUAAAUCAAAGCCAACAUUUAAACAAAUUCCUAUAUUUGUAUGCAAGUACGUACAUAUGUGUGUAUAACAAACGAGUGUGCAAUAAACAAUUUAUUUCAACUAAAUGCUGUAAUAAAAUACCCAAAACGUGCCGAAAACAUUGUGGGCCAUUUACCAAAGAGGCCAUAAUUAAAUAUUUAUACAAUGUUUGAAAAGAUUUGCAAGGAAUUCGUAUAAAAGCUCCAGAAGCCAACGCAGUGAAAAGUAAGACAUUUUCUUACAUUUGGUUUAUAUAAAUCACGAUACAUCAUCACCUACACAACCACCAUCGCCAUCGCCACCACUAUCAUCAUUUAGCCACCCUUAAAAUUGCCAGACUCCAGACUUCCGGCACACACGCACACAAUCUCAGGCAUUUGAAUGACAUUGCCGUUAUCUAUCUCUCAUGCUGUGAAUGUUGAGUAAAUGUAAACAAAACACCAUCACAAAAGGGGAAGCAUACUUUAAGGCGGCACACAACAUAAACACUGGCAUCAUUACCGCAUUAGAACACUCGCACACACACACACGCAGAGGCAAACAAUUGAAGGAACGGUAAAAAAUAACGAGGAAACAACGAGACACUGUGCUCUUUUUUAUUCCCUCUCCCCACCUCCCUUACUCAGCUGCUCAUCAUCAGCAUCAAAAAAAUACGAUUUCAACCUACAUCACCACCCGUUGUUGUCCACGUUAUCCCAUUGACACCAACGGCAAGGCAGUCUCUUAUGCACCACACAACGGGGGAGUGGAAUAUAAAUGAGUGUACGAUAGUGAUUGUGUAAUAGUGUGCGUGCGAGUGUGUGUGUGUGGAAAAUCGCAAAACAGAUUCAAGUUAUUGCUGGAAAACUGUUAUGAGGACAAUAAAAAAGGAUAUGAAGAAGGCUAAGGAAAUUGUGAAAAAGUUCAUCAAAGGAAUUACCAAGGAUAUCCGUCCAAUAUUGACAAUGGGUAAUCAUCAAUAUUUAAAAUAUCAUAAACUCAAAUGAAAACUCUCCAAGUCGGAGGAGUUGUCGUUGUCACGUACGUCACGUUAAGAAGUUAACACCUCGUUUCACCGAAAAAAUCACUGCCACGACAGACGCUCUCAGACACACACACACAACAUGUUUGGCUCCAAGUUGCGAUCUUGGAUGGAGAAUCACAUUGUGAGGUCUCGUAAAAAGGGUAAUAAGAAUAAAAAUGCCUUGGCAGAGCAACAAACAGUGGCGACAGGAGCAACAACAACAACAACAUCAAACGACCAUAAACAUAAGCAUGCUGCAACAGGAUUUACGAUUUACCAUCAUCAUCAUCAGCAGCAGCAGGGCAAUGGCAGCUGUUCAUCGCCCUACAAAAGUAAUUCCAAUUCGCAAGCAUCCUCCAGUGCCAAUCACACAGGAUGUAGCAGUGUCAUAUCGAGUCCGGUGCGACGCAGAGAGGUGUCGCCCAUACAGAAUCAUACCCAAAGCCGUUACGGCUGGCAGUCGCCAGAUGGUGAACAUGUAAUGUCUCCCAAAUCGGAUAAUUUCCUCUAUGCCCCGCAACACCAUAGCCAACAGUAUUUGCGUAAUCAUCACACGGCGCCCAACACCCGAGAAAACUCCUGUGAGGAGAAACCGUACCAACCACCACCAUCACUAGUGCCAAACAGUCAUCAACAUCAGCUACAGCCCCAGUCUCAGCAACAACAACACCAAUUGAAUUGUUCCACCUCAUCGUUUUCUUCGUUGUCAUGGUCGACUGGCUCCAAGGAGCCAUCUAUGCACUCCAACAACAACAACAACAACAAUGGUCAAUUGAAUUCGGCCAAUUUGAGUGUCCUGGCAGAUGUGACCAAUGCCAAUGUGGAACGCCACCCCUCCUCCUAUACCCCACCGGAUGAGACCAAAAAAUACGAUGACGAUGAUCCCAAUGCCGUGCACUAUGAGGAAAUCGGCACACUGAUAAGACAUCCGGAAAAACUGCUGCAGGACAUCUUGAAUGACAUUGAACGACCCAAGUCGGAACAAUUUGUCAAUGGCGGCCAAAGAAUACCAGCCUUUUCGGAUGAGAAACAAACCCAAGAUGAUGCCUCCACCAGAUAUGGCCGGCUGUUGCCAUCGAAAAUACCGAAUCCCACGGUUAUUGGAUUUCGCACUGGCAGUGAGGAGUGUAUUCCAAGGAAUGGUUCCAACACUGCUGUGCAAAUGGGGCAGGGUCGUAAUGGGGGAAGUAGGAGUAAAUUCCGUGGUGGCAAUGCACCCAUGGUGAGUUUAUCUUCGCCCGAGAGUGCCUACUCUACGGGAUAUUCUACGGAUGGAACCUCGCCAGGAGCUGGCUAUACUCCACCCGAGUAUUAUGUGAAUAUGCGAACAGGUACGCAUUACUUUCCCAAGAGUGUCAACUCUUUGGCCAUUGAGGCCCAACGUUACAAAUUUGGUUUGAAUAAAAUCGAGGAAAUGUCUCCCAUAGAUCCAUUGCCCAAAACUUCUUUUGCUCAUCGCAAUCUGGAGGAGACGGAGAGUGGUCUCGUUAAACACCCCCACGGCCUGGAUCCAUAUGAGAAAAUCUUAAGCCAGCAACAUCCUCUACCAUAUGGUGGUGCCUCGGGCCAGCACAGCCCACUGCCAAUACGGAAUACCAUUGUAAUACCCACCCUCAAGGGAUUUGAAUCACCUUCGCCACGCCAACGAAGUCGCAUACGCACCAAUCCCUGGUACUCCACCACCGAGACAUCCUCCUCCAGUUCCACAAUGCAACCGCAACAACAACAAGUGUCACAGCUCAAUGAUGGCAAUCUUAUGAACAUCUCACAGAUCUCCUCCUCGAUGACGAUGUCGUCUUCCACUUCGUCACACUCAACGUCUGCCUUGUCAACGAUUCACUUGCAGGAGCAGGACUUCCAGCAUCGCACAUCGUUGCCUAGUGGCAUUGUCAGCUCGUCAAGUCGUCAUUUCAAUUCAGGCAGUGCCAGCGGCAGUAGCAGGGGCAACACUCUGAGCAUGAAAACAAUUCACAACAACAACAGCAGCAGCAGCAACAGCAACACGAAUAAAAGCAACAGCAGCAGUGGCAACAACAACAACAACAACAACCUGACGUGUGUUUCGUCGGGGUCUUCAUCCUCUUUGACUGAAGUGGAAAAUGCACAUCGCCCAUACACUCCGAAUACGGUGAGACGCAAACGUUCGCUGCAACUGCAUCAAAACCAACACCACCACCAACACAACCAAACCCAAUCGCAUCCUCUGGAACCUGUUGCCGCUGUGUCACUUGCCAGUCCCCAUAAAAAACCGGCUGAAGCUCCUUUGGCCAUUGUCAGUGACGAUGAUAAUACACUCAACGAAAUGAUGGGAAAGUUUGAUGAGAGCUAUAUUUACGAGAAGGAGACUGAUAUACUGAGCAGCGAUUCAGAUCCUACAGAUUGUCCCACCGACUUGGAUACGGGCCAAGAUGCGGGCGAUGAAUGCGAUACAGAUGAUCUAUUGGAUAUCGAUUUUAUUGACACGGCAUCGGUGCAGGAGAUUUUCGAUCGACGGGAUCAAAUUAAUAUGGGGGCCUGCUACUAUGGCAGCCCCGUUAUGGCACAACGCCAUCAGAGGGCACCAUCGACUCGAUCGCGGCGCAGCAAUCGAAGCAUUAAAGUAUCCGGUGAACAAAAUCUAAUGAAUGCGGCAGCUGGCAGUGCCCAGCGUAGACGUAAACGUUUUCACAAGACACGCAAGAAGAGCUCCGAGGGUAAGGACAAUUGUCGAUCGCCCAUGCGCAAGCCAAGGGAGACGAGAAGUGUUGGCGGCACCCCGGUUUGUUUGCGUAAAAACGCCAGGAGCAAUGAUGCACACAGAUACAGUCAAACGACUCCCCACCAAUUGUCCCACCGUUCCAGUUCCUUGGUGUUUACGGAUGUACGAGAAAGUCGUUUCAUGACCAUAGCCGAGAGUGAAAAGGCCCUACUGAGGGCAGACUUUGAGGCAGAUGUGAAAUACAAGCAACUGAUAAUGGAGGCCGAGUCGAUUUUGCAGUCCAUGCGGAACAGUGUUCAGAGCAUACCCCGUGAAACACCCCAACCAAGUCCACGUCGCAUCAAUCCCCUGGCCAAUAAGCGCGUGGAAAUGAUCAAAAAUUGUGAAAUUGAUCUGCAAAAACAACAACAGCAGGCUCAACAGGCGAAAAAUAAAACUUGCGAUUUAACCGAACAGGAGCUAACAGCCGCUGUCAACAAACGCAUUGAAAUGCUUAAACUGGAAACGCAAUCACCACCGGGCAGUCCAAAAUUGGGUGCCUGUAGUCCACGCAAAACUCAUCUGACAAAUUUCAUCAAUCAAAAUAUUGCUCCCGAGACGGGAAUGCGGAAGCAGCUAAAUUCUCCGUUGGUACAGCGAAGAAAUUUAAGUCCAAGUGCAUCACCGCUGCAACAGCGACGUUUGACCGCCCCCGCAGGAAUUGUAGCCAAGGCACAACCAAUCACGGCUCAUUCCCAUCAAUUGUCAUCUCAGUGGAGUGAUUCGGAUCAGGAUUAUAGUGCCAUGAAAAUCAACGAUCAUUUGAAUCAGAAUUAUUUGCAAGCCACUGUCUACCAGGAGGCGGCAAAUGAAUAUAACGAUGCUCGAAAUCACAACAACAUUAUACAGCAAGCCACAAAUAUGGGUCCAAAGAUAACGCUGAACUAUUGUCCCCAAAGUGAACCGCUUAAGAGGAAGGUCUACAAGAGCCACUCAACGUUUGAUAACAAUAAACUGAGGCACAAUGCGGCGCAGAGGGAAGAGCAAUUAAAACACCAGCGCCUAAAAGCAUACAACACAGGCAGUGGUGAUUUUGCACUGCAGCAACAUGGGAACACGAAAUUAAGCAGCCAUGAUUUACAACAUUUCUCCUCACACUCAGGCAAUGGAUUAAAGACUGAUUUUCAUUCCACGACAAAUGUGGCUCACACCAGUGCCAACAACCCGACCGCGGGAAGCACAGACAAAGCGGCCUUAAUUCAACGCACCCUUGCCGAUUUGAAACGAAAUUUGGAACAUCAAAGUCUGGAAUUGAAUGGUUUAAAUGAAGUGUAAAAAGUGUCUGCAUGUGUCUUCUCAUCUUAUCGAUAUUAUUUUCCCUUUCUCUCUCUCUCUCUCUCUCUCUCUAACAGUUAUUAAAUCUCUUACUCAAUAACCACAAAACAUAAUGAAUUUAAAACAAAAACAACACUAACACAAACCACCAUUAAGAAAAUGGUUGUUGAAACUGUAGUAUGGAAAAAUACCCUAAUGGCAUUUACACCCGAGUAAUUGACGUAGCUGUAGAUAUUCGACGUCAUAAUUUAUUAGAAUUUAUUCUUACGCCAACAGGUUUAGUAGUCUAAUAAUUGCAGUUUUCUUUAUAUUGUAGUGACUAUAUAGGCUGGUCAUAAUAGUUUCCGAGUAUUAAUUGAAGUAUUUGUAGUCACCACCAUUUUUUUUUUUGAAUUUAGUUUUUUGUUAAUUAACUUUGUAGUAUUUUGUAAUGAU